AUGGGAACACAUAUCAAGCCGAUCGUCCUGCACGCCGCCCACGCCACGGGCCCGAACCCAGUCAAGAUCGCCAUGGCGCUCGAGGCGCUCCACGUCCCAUUCGAAGUGAGGCAGUGGGAGUUUGGCAAAGAUCCCCAGAAGGGUGUGAAGGGGGCAGAGUUCGCCAAGAUCAACGAGAACGGCCGCGUCCCUGCCAUCGAGGAUCCCAACACUGGUGUCGUCGCGUGGGAAUCCGGGGCAUGCAUGAAUUACGUUCGUCGUGUGUACGACACAGCUAACAUAAUCGGUCCGACGGGUGAAUCGGCGCAAGAUCUGGUUGAUUUUGAAAAGUGGGAGUAUUUCUUGUUAUCGUCGCUUGGUCCCAUGACUGGACAGACAAAUUGGUUUAGACACUUCGUCCCGCAGAAGAAUGAGAAUGCGCUCCAGCGAUUCACGGAGCAGACUUAUCGCUGCUAUGAUGUUCUCGAGGGACAAUUGAAAAAGACUGGUGGUGAGAGUAUCCUGCCCGGUCGUGUCAGUGCCGUUGACUAUCAUUUCGAGCCUUGGUUGCGUUUGUACUCUUUCGCUGGACUUUCGCUCGAGAAAUAUCCUUUGAUCAAGAAGUGGCUUGAUCUUAUGUCGACACGGGAGGAAAUCCAGCAGGCGUACAUCAAGGUUCAAGGUCAAAGUUGA